UCGCGCUGAACGAGCUGCACCGAGGCAGCCAUGUCCACGGGGUUCUCCUUCGGCACCGGCACUCUGGGCUCCGGCACGGUGGCCGCCGGCGGGAGCGCCGCUGGCGGCGGCUUCUCGUUCGGAACCGGGGCGUCGAGCACCCCUUCCUUGGGACUCAACUUUGGAAAUCUUGGGAACUCUGCAACUCCAGCAACUACAUCUGCAGCCUCAGGGUUUGGAAAUGUGCUCUUUGGAUCUAAACCUACCACUGGGUUCACUCUUGGAACAAAUACAGGAAUAGCAACAACUAUAUCUUCAGGAUUAACACUGGGAACUCCAGCCACUACAUCUGCCAAUCUUACUGGUUUCAGUUUAGGUUUCAACAAGCCUGCAGCAUCUGCAACACCAUUUCCUCUACCUAUUACUUCUACCUCAGCUGGCGGUCUUAGUCUUUCAUCUUCUCUGACAUCUACUCCAGCAGCAUCCACAGGAUUUACUCUAAAUAACUUGGGUGGACCAGUGGCUACGACUACUACUGCAUCAACAGGCCUUUCUUUAGGGGUUGCCUUACCUGGUUUGGGAAGUUCACUUUUCCAGAAUCCAAAUACAGCAACAUCGGGACUUGAACAGAAUGCAUUAGGCUUGACUUUGGGAACUACAGCAGCUACUUCAGCUGCAGGCAAUGAAGGUCUUGGUGGCAUAGAUUUUAGUAGCUCAUCAGAUAAAAAGAGUGAUAAGACAGGAACAAGACCAGAGGAUAGUAAAGCACUGAAGGAUGAAAAUCUGCCUCAACUUAUCUGCCAGGAUGUUGAAAAUCUCCAGAAAUUUGUGAAGGAACAAAAACAAGUACAAGAAGAAAUUAGUAGAAUGUCUUCAAAAGCAAUGCUUAAAGUACAAGAAGAUAUUAAAGCUCUGAAACAGCUUUUGUCAUUGGCUGCCAGUGGAUUACAGAGAAAUACUCUCAAUAUCGACAAAUUAAAAAUAGAAACUGCUCAGGAGUUAAAGAAUGCUGAAAUAGCUUUAAGAACCCAGAAAACACCACCUGGACUUCAACAUGAAAACACAGCCCCAGCUGACUACUUCAGAGUUUUGGUUCAGCAGUUUGAAGUACAGCUUCAACAGUAUAGACAGCAGAUUGAAGAACUAGAAAACCAUCUGGCCAUUCAAGCUAAUAAUUCACAUAUAACCCCUCCAGAUUUGUCAAUGGCUAUGCAGAAAAUAUAUCAAACAUUUGUAGCUUUAGCAGCACAACUUCAGUCUAUUCAUGAAAAUGUGAAGGUACUCAAAGACCAGUACCUUGGCUACAGGAAAACGCUUUUGGGAGAUGCUGUAGAUGUGUUUGAAGCCAGGCGAGCAGAAACAAAGAAGUGGCAGAAUGCACCCAGAGUCACUACUGGUCCCACCCCUUUCAGCAACAUGCCAAAUGCAGCAGCCGUUGCCAUGGCUGCGACACUUACACAGCAGCAACAGCCUGCUCCAGGGCCACAGCCAUCUCUGGGAGUUAGUUUUGGAACGCCUUUCGGCUCAGGUAUUGGCACUGGCUUGCAAUCAAGUGGCUUAGGUUCUUCGAACCUUGGAGGAUUUGGAACUAGCUCUGGUUUUGGAUGCAGCACCACAGGGGCCUCUACAUUUGGAUUUGGAACAACAAAUAAAUCCUCAGGAAGUCUUAGUGCAGGCUUUGGCAGCUCAAGUACAUCUGGGUUUAACUUCAGCAAUCCUGGCAUCACGGCAUCUGCUGGUUUGACAUUUGGGGUGUCCAAUCCUGCCUCUGCAGGUUUUGGAACAGGAGGAACACCCAUUCAAUUGAAGAAACCUCCAGCUGGAAACAAAAGAGGAAAAAGAUAGACAUAUGGGUUGAUAUUCAGAAAAUCCAUAGCAGCAUGUCAUUCUGAGUCUAUUUUUCUAAAAUUGAUGCAAUAGUGAAAUUGCGUUCCAGGCAAAGUUUUGAUAUUGUCCCCUACUCUGGAAUCUGAGCUUUAUUGUUUGCCACGCUAAACAUCUUUUUGUGUGUGUGUGAAUUUAAAACCUAGUUGUGUACUAUUUGUUAUUUUCCAUUGUAAAAAAUGUUACAUUACUGAUUGAUAAAAUUGUUUAAUCUAACUGUUAAUAAUUGUUUUGUUGAAAAAGUUUACAUUAUGUGAAUAUAUGCACAUGUUUCGUAUACCGAUGGUGUGAACUCUAGGGCCUAUACUAGAAUCAUUUUUUUCCUUGUAAAGGCCUUUUGAACUACACUGCAGGGCAUCUUGUGAAUGAAUAUGUAAGUCUAUAAAAUGUUCUGCACACAAUUGUGUGCGUAUAGAAUAUAUAUUUACAAAUCUACAAUUGUUGCCUCAAGACUGUUUCCCUUUUCUAAGGGUAUUCCAUUUUUCACCUUUUGAGCUUCGAAUCCUCAGUGCUUGUAAUAUAAUGAGCUAGAGGUACCAGGUCAUUGCAGUUGACUUUGCUGCUAGAGUAAAGUAUUUGACCAACUGAACUUCAUUACCACUAGAUUUCCCCUUUUUUAUUUCCACCUCAAUCUUCGCAGCUACUCCAAAUGAUAAAUGCUGCAAAACUCAAUAGAUUUAUAACAACUUUUUAUUCUGUAUAUCCUCAUAUUAUGUAUAUGAGAUGUUUUUGCAUAUUAGAGAUGGACCUUUAAGAGCAUAUUUGAACUCCAGACUAAUGUUCUGGGGGCAAAGAGCUAUUAAGCCAAAUUGAUUCUAUGCAGGUAAAGGAUGCACUAUUAAUUCAGUGGAAACUUUUCUAACUGUUCCAAUACAGAGUUCUUUCUUAUAGGGCUAUUAAUAGUGACACCAAAUGGAGUGGCUUAUUAGCCUCUUAAUGCUUAAGUAAGUGCUUAAUUUGGAAUAGAGAAACAAUAUAUUUUAAGAAAAAGUAGUAUUCUUUGUAGCAACUAUAACCUAUCCCAUUUCACACAGAACAGAGCUCCAGGUAAUAACACAUAGGCAUGCCAGAUUAUAUCUGUGUGGUAUUUGUCUGUAUUACUGUUAGUGACAUAGAGUGGGUGGGAAAAUGAGCCUUUGGACAGAGAGCUGCCUUAGCCAUGGUUUGGGACAGAAACUUUAAACAGGUAGACCUAUUUAUCUGAAAAAGUACAGUUUUCAGAUGAGAUUGUGAGCAUGGAAUUUCAUUGAAAAUAGUUAAAACAUUUUAUAUAAAGUUUUGUACAUGAUGUGCAUCAAGUAGAUAUUUUUCACCAAGGCACCCUUUCUUCUAAAAUAGAUGUUAUAUUUAUUUGCACACACAUAUUUUAGUAUAAUGUUAAUUGGGUUUGAUUAUAAAAGUGUCAUCAAAUUACUAUAUUUACCUAUGAUUGGCUUUUUGGAGUUGAAACUUUUGCAUCCCGAUGAUGCAUUAAAAUGAGGAAAAUGCUUUGUUUCUGAGCACUAAACCUUUUUAAUUUUUGCAUAUUUCAAUACUGUAAUCCCCACAUGCAGAUUUCAAGGGAGGAUAGGAAGAUGUGUGCUUUCUGUUGUGAGCGUGUUUACGUGCCAGAAUGAAAUACUCAAUGACCAUAAACUCUUUUUAAAAAAUGUAAUUGCUUUGUGCCACAGAAAUGAGUAUUUUUGUUUUUCUUUAUAUAUUUUACAUUCACUAUGCUAAAACACUGAAAGUCUGUAAUAGCAGUUUGUGAUAGGAGUGUAAGUGUUUUGUCAUUGUCUGUUGUCUUCACUUUGUUCAGGGUGUAUCAUUAUGUAAACAAUAAAUUGUGACUGUUGAAUUGUUA